CUCUGCCCUGCCCCAGCCUGGGCAGGGUGACAUGUGCUGGCCGGCGACUCGUGCGUGGGCAAGUCUCUGAGCUGCGCGGUGUUAUGUCAGUGUCCCGGUGGGAAGAGUAUAUGCUGAGGGGUUUGCGGGACAGUGCUCUGGAGGGACAAAAUAGCACUUACUUCUGGCCUAGGGCAGAGAACCCGCCUCCUAGAAAGUUUGGUUGUUUAACAUACCGAUUGGGUGCACGAGAGUGUAGGUCUUUAUCUGCAACUGCAAAGGCUCGGUGGACUUAAGACAUCCCCUCUGAGGAUCAAGGACUUGAGUUUAGAAGUAAUGCUGCAAGCAGAAGCAUUAAAAGAAAUCGAUGAUGUCUAUGAGAAAUAUAAGACAGAAAGUGAUGCCAUUCAGAAGAAACGGUUGCAACAGCAUCUUCAGCGAGCACUAAUCAACAGCCAAGAACUGGGAGAUGAGAAAAUUCAGAUAGUUACUCAGAUGCUUGAACUGGUAGAGAAUAGGGCCCGGCAAAUGGAGACCCACUCUUGGUGUUUCCAAGAGUCAGAUAAUGAAAAGCCUCUAGAAAAAGCAAAAGUAGAAUCUUGCCAACCAGAAAGAUCUUCUCGUAGACCCCGUCGCCAGCGGACCAGCGAAAGUCGUGAUCUGUGCCAUAUCACAAAUGGGAUUGAAGACUGCGAUGACCAGCCACCUAAAGAAAAGAGAUCCAAAUCGGCCAAGAAAAAGAAACGCUCCAAGGCCAAACAAGAAAGAGAAGUUUCACCUGUUGAAUUUGCAAUAGAUCCCAAUGAACCAACUUACUGCUUAUGUAACCAAGUGUCCUAUGGAGAAAUGAUAGGAUGUGACAAUGAACAGUGUCCCAUUGAGUGGUUUCAUUUUUCAUGUGUUGGACUCACCUAUAAACCAAAGGGGAAAUGGUAUUGUCCCAAGUGCAGAGGAGAUAAUGAGAAAACUAUGGACAAAUGUACUGACAAAUCAAAAAAGGAUAGAAGAUCGAGGUAGUGAAUGCUAUAAAUGUUUUAAAAGGGUUGUGUGUCUUUUAUAUAAAAAUUGUUUAAUUUACAGAGAACAAUGUUUUAGGAAAAAUGCAUAAGACUAUGCAAUAUUUUUUAAUCGAUAGUAUUAAUGGAGUAUUAAAAUCUGUUAUACUUUCUGUGAUCUUUAACUUUCUGCACUGAAUAACCAAAUAAUUGAAACAGGGUGGCCUCAGAACUGCACAGAUGGAAUUACAAGUAGUGUUGUGGGGGUUUUUUUUUGGGGGGGGGGGUUGUUUCAUUUAAACUCCCUGUUGUGUUAGCAUUUAAAAAAAAAUCCUGAAAUUAAUGGUGGUGGGGAAGCACUGAAAGACUGGUUGUAUUACAAGAGUAUUAGUAAUGGUGUUUAACUUCUCUAGCACUGUUUCACAACCUCAGACAGUUAUUAGAAUCUCCAUUUAUUGUGAACUGAAUCUGUUCUACAUCUCAUGCCUCUAGUUUUCAGAUUCUGUGUUAACGUCACAUAAUAUCUGGAAUGGGGGUUCAAGAAUUCAACUGUUAAUUGUAAAAUAGUCUUCCAAGCUAGAAAGCAACCUUUUUCUUCAGUGGCUUUCAUAUGAUGAAUGUAUUAUUUCCAGGAAGAAAAUGCCACUAAUUUAUGCUUUUUAUGUCAAUAUUAAACUGUUCCCUUGGUGACUUUACAUUUGGGAGUCAGUUUCUGGAUAGGGUAGCAAUUAUGGUAGUCUUGAACUUGACUGUCUUGUGUAUAUUUCUUAUGCAUGUCUUUAGUGGAAGAAUUCUAGGAAGCAUCCUAAUGGGGUUUCCUUUGGUCUUGACUUUAAGUUGUGUACAGG